ACAGAUAAAGAAAUAUUUAUGUAUAUUUAUAAGUGUUUAUAUAUUAGUAUAUUAUUCUUUACGUGUUUGGAAAUUAACGAAAGAAAUGUGAGAUAAUGAGCAAAAUUUUUACAUCUGCACAUUUUGUCUUUAUCUUAGACACAUUGUGCUUGUAAGACACUUUCUAAUGUUAAAAAUACUAAAAACUCCCUAACUAAAAAAUUAUAUACAUUACCAUUUUUUUACUUUUUCUUUUGUCUCUCUCGUUCUUUCAAUGUAAUUUUAUUCAAAUUUCAUCUUCCAAUGAUUUUAUCACCUCUCUUUUUUUCUCCCUAACACAAAAGGAAAAAAAAGGCAAACCGAGAGACUACAACUUGUAAAAAAUGAAAAGAUGUAGAAAAAUAAGAAGGUAGUUUGAACUUCUCAUCUUCUAAAUCCUAGAUUCUCCGAAUUUGUCUGAUCUUUUAAAUCUUUUUAAUCGAUUCUCGUUUUGUUGGUUUCUUAGUGUUGUUGUGGAUUUCAAAAUCCAGAUCUGCAAAGUUACGAUUUCAGAAUCCAGAUCUGCAAAAGAUGUGGACGGAUAGCGUGUGGAUGGGGGUUGCGUGGAUAAGUGGUGUGUGGAUAGCUGGAGCGUGGACGGGUUAUGCGUGGAUGGUUGAACAAAUCUCUGGGAACUAGUGGGUGGCUUCAACCGGGGAGAUUCUUUCCACAAAAAAAGAUUAUCUUUCUUACAUUGCCUACAUCGAACACAAACUAUAAAUUCAUGUAUUGGAUGAAAUCUAAUCCUCACUUUUUUUUUUAAAUUAUGUCCACAUUUUAUUUAUCCACAAUUCAUUCAUUUAUAUUAUUUUUUCGUGGACGGCUUAUCCAUCCAAUACUAUCUACAAUAUUUUAAUUAUAAAAAUAUUUUCUAUGUUUUUAUUUUUAAAUUUCUAAAGUAUAUAUAAAUGGAUGUCGAAAUGUAGAGGAUGAAAAGUUAAAAUUUAUUACAUCAAAUUUAUUUAUUUAUAUUUAUUAAUAUUUGAGAUAAAAACAAAUAAGAAAAUGAGGUUGAAAUUAAUAACAAAGCUCUUAUCAGGGGCAUUAUUGUCCGAUCAAAUAGCAAGUGUCAAGGAAAAGUGCCUCAAAUGUUGAAUGUGUCUCUUAAUGUAAGACAAACUCAUAAUGUGAUCCAUGAUGUAAACAACUCAUAUAUAAUGAGCACACAUGACUUUGAUCUCUUGCUCUUAUUACUAUCACUUACAAUAACAAAUGAACUCCUAUUUAUAGGAGUAGUAAGUCGGUAAAGUACACCGACUUAAGAAGAAAACAAAUAUUUAUAUAGUAAGCUAAUGGAUAAUCACAAUCCAAAAUCAACCUUAUCUUCUUGGAUCAUUAUCUUUAACACUCCCCCUUGAUUAUCUAUUUUUAUAUUACGUAGUGCCUCGUUAAAAACCUAGUCAUGGAAAAACCCAUUGGGACAAAAACCAUGACAAGGGAAAAAGAGUACACUGCUGUAAUCUCCCCCUGAAAAUAGUUGACUUAGCUUUCUUAUCACAGGUCACGCAAAUGCUGCAUUCCGAUACCAUAAACGUGUUUUCGGAAUGUUGUAGUCGAAAGAGCUUUUGUGAACAAGUCAGCCGGAUGACCGUACAUACUCGAUGUCCACUUCUUUAUUUCUCUCGAGCUCUUGUAUGCAUGAGAAAAAUCUUGGAGGGAUAUGCUUUGUUCUGUCGCUUUGAUGUAACCUUCUUUGAGUUGAGCGACACAAGCCGAAAUGUCUUCAAAUAUUUUCGUUGGCUCUUUCUCGUUGACUAUUCCGCUUGAUUAUUGUAUGUAGUGACUCAUUGACCGAAAGCACACACAUUCUCGACAUGCUUCGUGAAGCACAAUAGUUUCAGUAUGAUUCGAAGAUGUCGCAACCAGAGUUUGUUUCUGGGUCGACCGCCAAGAGAUCACGGUUCCACCAAUCGUAAAAACAUAGCCGGUUUGCGAUCGAGCCUUGUGAGGAUCUGAUAAGUAUCCUGCAUCUGCAAAACCAACCAUACAAAACUCGGGUUUUCUAAAAUAAAUCAACCCUAAAUCAAUUGUACCUUGGAGAGAACGAAUAUGUUCUCGACGCCAUUCUAAUUUCCAUGAAUAGGAAAUGAGUUGUAUCUUGCAAAGACAUUAGUGUCUAAAAGUAUAUUUAAUUAAAUACAACUCGCAAGACAUAUAAGCUCACAUAUGGUUUAUUACCAUUAGCAUCUCCAAAGUACUUAUUUAUAUAAGAUCUUACCAGGAUCUUUUAAAACAACAUCUCUUUUAACAUCGAGAGAUCUAUUUAUCAUUGGAGUACUCAAAGGAGUCGCUUUAUUCAUACAAAAGCGUUUCAAUAACCUUUUCGUAUGAAUUGAUUGAUGCAAAAUUAUUCUUUCUCGGAGAUGCUCUAUCUGGAGCCCAAGACAAAACUUUGUCUUUCCGAAAUCUUUCAUUUCGAACUCCUCUUUCAUAUGAGUUCGAGCAUCAUCAACCUCCUUUUGAGUUCCAAUUAUGUCCAGGUCAUCUACAUAUACAACAAUGAUCACAAAGCUAGAUGACGAUUUCUUUAUAAUCCAUAUAGUGAUCGCUGUAACUGACCGAACAAAUCUCCCUGGAUUUUUCUUUCAAUGCCGUUGGCAUUUUCAAUUCAUCAGGGAGUUUCAUAUAUAUAUAUAUAUAUAUAUCAUUAUCCAACUAUCCAUACAAAUACGCAGUCACAACGUCCAUGAGAUGCAUUUUAAGAUUUUUAGACACCGUUAGGCUCAUCAAAAUCUAAAAGUAAUUGCAUCUAUUACCAGAAAAUACGUUUCCUCAAAAUCGAUUCCCGGUCUCUGAGAAAAACCUUGGGCAACUAAUCAGGUUUUAUAUCGUGUUACUUUUCUCACGAAUACCCACUUAUACCCAACAAGAUUUAUAUUCUCAGGCGUUAUGACUAUCGGUCCAAAGACAUUCCUUUUAUUUAGGGAGAAUAAUUCAAUUCGAAUGGCCUUCUGCCACUCCUCCCAAUCAUGUCUUUUAACAUUCCUAAAUGGACCUUGGAUUGGGAUCAUCAUUUUCAUGAUCGAUAUCUUUGGACAGAAAAGGAGAACAUUCCAUCAACAUCUUUUAUCUUAUAACUUUUCAUCAAGGGUGUAGUUGGUGGAAAUCAUACUUUUCUGUUCCCUUUUCGUCAUCUGGAUCCAUAUCUUUAUUUGGUUCUUCUUGAACCUUUUCAUCUAUGCCUUCUUUCAGACAUUUUCAGUAUCAGGUUCUUAUAGAACCUUUCCACUUAUGCCUUCUUUUAGACAUCUUUCAAUAUCAGGUUUUUCUGGAACCUUUCCACUUAUGUCUUCUUUCAGACAUCUUUCAAUAUCAGGUUCUUUCCGAACCUUUCUGCUUUGCUCAACAAUUUUUUUUUUGGAGAUUUUUAUCUUUAGAACCCGCUAGUCUCCCCCUCUUUAACUGAACCCUAGGCUCAUUCAUUUUGUUACCAUCAGUUUGUUCUUUAGGAACAUCAACUCUUGAUGGAACAUUUUCAGCAGGUAUAUCAUGUCGUAUCUGUGAACACAUUUGGUAACUAGUUUGCCAAAUUAUGCAAAUGCACAAUUUUCUGAAUUUUCAGCUCUCAUUAAUUCAUAGGGGAGUCAAGGUGUAACAACGACUAUGUUCACUGAUGCAGCGCAUUAUCUCUUUCACCGCCAGUAUCGUGGCCUUUCUUCUUUUGGGCUUUACGUGUGUUCUAAGUUUCCUUUUAUUACUAGGAUUAGCUAAUUAUAAACUUUCCUUUAUAGCUUAGGGUUUUAACUAUAUCAGCCUUAUAAAUAGCGGCUUUAGUCUUUGAAAAAGAGACACGAUUAAUUGAAUAAGAUUUCUGAGUUUAUUUUAAAGAGCUUUCACAAGCACUGCGAAGAGUAUUCGCGCCCCUAAGAGCUUUAACAAGCACUGCGAAGAGUAUUCGCAUCCUUCAUCUUGUCUUAGAAGAUACCUUCGUUCACAAGUUACGUGAGUUCGAGAUCAAACCCUAGAUCUUUGACUUAUACGGCUUCCGCACUCUAUCAGUUGGCAUCAGAAUCAGUACGUUUCGGGAAAGAACUUUCUUGUUUCCAUGACUAAGAAAACAGGAGGCGCAGGUGGGGACAAUCGGGAUCAAAACCCGGAUGGCGCUACUUCGGAAUUAACUGACUUACGAACCUUCUUCAUCGAGAGCCAGGCGGCAUCACAAGCAUCGAUUCAACAGCUAGGAGAUACCUUAGCAGGCCGCUUGGACGCCUUGACCACCGCAAUAACAGCUCUGGUUGAACAGCAAAACCAACGCGAGGUACAAGCUCAACCUCCAGCACAACAACGACACCAGCCACUACCACAACAUCAAGCACCACCACUACCAGGUCGCCAUCGACAGCCACAAAACCUUCCCCAUCCGCCCCAAGGACAACGCCAAAACCAACAAAGAAUCCAGCGUCACGACCCAUAUGACGACGACGAAGAUGAAGUUCAUCAACGAUUGUUUUAUGAAGAUAUUCAUCAACAAAAUCACCAUGAUACUCACUGGGAAAGAAGCUUCCGAGUAGAUAUACCAGAAUUUCAUGGGGGUCUCCGCGGUGAUGAACUUAUCGAUUGGCUAGUUUCCGUGGAAGAAAUACUAGAGUUUAAACAAGUUCCGUUUAAUCGUCGUGUUCCCUUGGUAGCCAUACAUUUUCGCGGCCAUGCUGCAACAUGGUGGAAACAGCUCAAGACAACUCGAUCACGCACGGGCAAAGCACCAAUCAAUUCAUGGGACAAGCUCACUAAACACCUUCGACAAACGUUUCUUCCGCACAACUACGAAAGAACCAUGUAUACUAAGCUACAGAACUUGCGCCAAGGAAACCGAAGUGUAGAUGAGUAUGCUGAAGAAGUCGCCCUAUUGUUAACCCGAAAUGAGAUCAAUGACAGCCAAGUUCAACUCGUCUCGCGUUUUAUCGGGGGUCUCCGAACGCAACUUCAAAAUUCAAUGGCACAAUUUGAUCCAUUGACAGUGGGAGAAGCUCAUCGUCGUGCAUCAUCAUUCGAGCAACAGUCGAAGUCGUCGAACUGGAACUCAUCGACAUCGAGAUCGCGUACCCAGGACUCCGUCAACAGUAACACUCCAUCAACCGCAAACAAAGAUGUCAUCCAAGUCAGUGAUGCGGCAGUUUCUGCAGCUAAACCCAUCGCACCGGACGAUCAACAACUUAGGCGAUCUUCCCGACCUAACGCGUUGCGCUGUUACUCAUGUGGUGAACAGGGACAUCGACAAACAGCAUGUCCCCAUGCAACACGUCGAGGGUUAGUAAUUGAUGAGGCUAUUGAAGAACAAGAUAUCUAUGACUCGCAAGAGGAGAAUGACCAAGACGAAGACAACACGGUGACCCUUACCGCCGGGGAUAGUGGACGUCUACUUGUCCUCCGUCGAGCUUGUUUAGCACCAAUCACUAAGGACGAUAAGUGGCUUCGAACCAAUAUUUUCCGAUCUACUUGUACUAUCAAAGACCGUGUUUGUAGCUUUGUCAUCGACUCGGGAAACUGUCGUAAUGUCGUCUCCGAAGAAGCCGUAGAAAAGCUAGGCCUAACUCGGGACAAGCAUCCCACACCUUACAAUCUUGGCUGGCUUAACAACAAAGCAAGCAUUCGCAUUACACAGCGUGCGAUCGUACCUUUUUCUGUUGGCAAACAUUACCAUAAUCGCAUCUGUUGCGACAUUGCUCCGAUCGACUUUUGUCAUCUUCUGUUAGGCCGUCCUUGGGAAUUUGACCGUAAAAUACUUCAUGAUGGCGCUCAAAAUACGUAUAGCUUUAUGUGGGACAAUCGUCACAUCGUUCUCGUCCCAGCCCGAGAGAAACCAACAAGCUCUUCGCCACCAGCAGCGCCACUUGACCAAUCAACUACAACGACAACCUCAAAACCCACGUCGCUCCUGUGUUCCUAUAAGUCGUUCAUCUCGGAACUCCAGACGGAAGGCGUUGCAUUCGCCCUCGUUCCAUCAACCGCACACCGUCUCCUGACAACACCAAUCGCCUCAUCUUUGGACGUGGUGUUACAGGAAUUCGUUGACGUGUUCCCUACGGAACUACCCGAAGGACUACCACCUCUUCGAGAUAUACAACACCAAAUUGAUUUAGUUCCCGGAGCGACAUUACCUAAUCGACCUCACUACCGAAUGAGUCCUAUGGAGCAUGAAGAAUUGCGGCGUCAGGUCGAGGAGCUUUUACGCAAGGGCCACAUCAAAGAAAGCCUUAGCCCCUGCGCCGUACCAGCUCUUUUGAUACCUAAGAAGGAUGGAUCGUGGCGUAUGUGUGUGGAUAGUCGUGCAAUCAAUAAAAUCACGAUCCGCUAUAGGUUUCCGAUACCACGGCUUGAUGACCUUUUGGAUCAAAUUGGUAAUGCGAAAAUAUUCUCCAAAAUUGAUCUAAAAAGUGGGUACCAUCAGAUACGUAUUCGCCCUGGCGAUGAGUGGAAAACAACAUUCAAAACUCGAGAAGGCCUCUUUGAAUGGUUGGUAAUGCCUUUCGGGUUAUCUAAUGCACCUAGUACGUUCAUGCGUAUCAUGAAUCAAGCUCUACGCCCCUUCAUUGGACGAUUUGUGGUUGUAUACUUCGACGAUAUUUUAAUCUUUAGUACUUCGUUGGCCGAGCAUACUGAUCACUUACGCAAAGUUCUUACGGUGCUGCGAGCAGAACAACUCUACGCCGCGUAACAGAAGUGUGAAUUUGGCGUGAACAAAGUUCUCUUUCUUGGAUAUGUCGUGUCCGACCAAGGUUUAGCCGUCGAUCACUCCAAAAUUGAAGCAGUACAGUCGUGGCCUAUUCCAAAAACAGUUUCUGAGGUACGUAGUUUUCAUGGCCUCGCUUCGUUCUACAGACGUUUUGUCAAUCACUUCAGCACUAUAAUGGCACCAAUUACGAGCUGCAUGAAAGAUGGAAAAUUUGAAUGGACUACGGAAGCGACGGAGGCGUUUGCUCUCAUCAAACGUAAGCUUACGACAGCCCCGAUUCUUGUCCUUCCGGACUUUUCUUUGCCAUUCGAACUACACUGCGACGCUUCUAAACUAGGCAUUGGGGCCGUAUUAAGCCAGAAGGGAUGACCUGUGGCUUC